UUGUUGUUCUUAUCCCCUGCUUAUCCAAAAGCACGAAUCAAACGAGUCGAUUUGGCUUGCACGCCGUGUUUUCUCCAAAUUCUCCAAAAUCAUUUCGGCUUUGACUUUCUCUUUAUCUUUACUCUUCAAUCUUCUAUAACUUGAGACUUAGCAGCCACGACCCGAUUCUGGUAAAUCAAUAGCAAGUUAUCUGCUCCGGAUCCGGUUAUUGAUUACUUAUUAAUUACAACGUCACCGUGAUUUUAUGAAGUUUUUCAAAGUCAAUUUGUGAAAAAUGCUUAUAAAAAUGCUCCACACGCCAGCCCCAGAACUCAAAACAGCUAACAGAAGAAAAAUAAUGAACUUUCUCGUUUGCUUCCACUUCCUCUCAUUCUUCCCUUUGUUCACAUCUGCAGAACUAUUAUUUCAGGGGUUUAAUUGGGAAUCAUGUAACAAGGAAGGAGGAUUGUACAAUUCACUCAAGAAUUCAAUUCCUGAACUGGUUGGUGCAGGAAUUACUCAUAUUUGGCUUCCUCCACCUUCUCAGUCAGUUGCACCUCAAGGAUAUAUGCCGGGUAGACUGUAUGAUCUCAAUGCUUCAAAAUAUGGAAACCAGAAUGAAUUAAAAUCAUUAGUCAAUGCUUUUCAUGGGCAAGGAAUAAAAUGCUUGGCUGAUAUAGUAAUAAAUCACAGAACUGCUGAGAGGAAAGAUGAGAGAGGAAUAUGGUGCAUUUUUGAAGGCGGAACAGCUGAUGAUCGCCUUGACUGGGGUCCAUCCUUCAUUUGCAGUGAUGACACUGCCUAUUCUAAUGGCAAAGGAAAUCCUGAUACGGGUGAGGAUUUUCCACCUGCUCCUGAUAUUGACCAUCUCAACUUAAGAGUUCAAAAAGAGUUAUCAGAUUGGAUGAAUUGGUUGAAAAAUGAAAUUGGAUUUGAUGGAUGGAGAUUUGAUUUCGUAAAGGGAUAUGCUCCUACCAUUACUAAAAUUUGUAUGGCACAAACUUCUCCAAAUUUUGCUGUUGGUGAAAAAUGGGAUUCUCUUGCUUAUGGUCAGGAUGGAAAGCCUGAAGCUAACCAAGAUGCUCACCGCGGCGCAUUAAGGGACUGGGUUGAAGCUGCAGGUGGUGUUGUCACAGCAUUUGAUUUCACUACCAAAGGAAUACUUCAAGCUGCUGUGCAAGGAGAGUUAUGGAGAUUAAAGGAUUCAAAUGGAAACCCACCAGGAUUGAUUGGAAUAUUGCCUCAAAAUGCAGUAACUUUUAUAGACAAUCAUGAUACUGGCUCUACUCAAAAACUUUGGCCAUUUCCAUCGGAUAAAGUCAUGCAGGGAUAUGCUUAUAUACUCACCCAUCCUGGAAUCCCAUCCAUAUUUUAUGAUCACUUCUUUGAGUGGGGACUAAAGGAUCAAAUUACCAAAUUGGCGUCAAUCAGGAAGGCUUGCAGGAUUCAUAAUAGAAGCACAGUGAAAAUUUUGGCUGCUGAAUCUGAUCUUUACAUGGCAGCAAUUAAUGAUAAUGUAAUUAUGAAGAUUGGACCAAAGAUGGAUCUUGGUAACCUUCUUCCACCAAAUGUCCAGCUUGCUACAUCUGGAGAAAGCUAUGCUGUCUGGAUAAAGAAGAUUCGCGCCAAGAAGUCUUAUAGCAUGAACUUGUCCUCCUCAUCAGUUCGGCCUUCAAAACCAAAUCUCUCUCUUUUUCACUCUCUGCUCAAAUCUUACAUUGAAUCCAGAAACCAAAAAUCAUCGGUGCUUCUUUUUCGCCAAUUAUUACGUUCCAAUGUAAACCCAAAUGACCUCACGUUCUCUUUACUUCUUAAAUCCUCUGUUGCUUCGUCACUAUCAGUUUCAAAUCCACUAAAUGCAAAAUCAGAAGCCAUUCAAAUCCAAACCCACUUGAUAAAAUUGGGACUUGACCAAUUUGUCUAUGUAAAUACUUCUCUUCUUGAUUUGUGCAUGAAAUUGGGCUGUGUAAAUGACGCUCGUAAUGUAUUUGAUUAUAUGCGUGAUAGAGACACCGUAUCUUGGAAUGCUUUGAUUUGUGGGUAUUCGCGAAAUGGAUAUGAUUUUGAGGCAUUUCGGCUUUUUAUUCGGAUGCUUCGAGAGGGUUUCUGCCCUCGUCAAACCACAUUAGUUGCUUUGGCUCCAUCUUGUGGACAGCGUGAGUUGGUGUUUCAAGGGAAGUCCAUCCAUGGGUUUGGGAUCAAGUCUGGACUUGAUUUGGAUUCUCAAGUGAAAAAUGCACUUACUUCGAUGUAUGCUAAAUGUGGAGAUUUGGAAGGUGCAGAACUACUGUUUCAGGAAAUGGGGGAUAAAAAUGUGGUUUCUUGGAACACAAUGAUAGGUGCUUAUGGCCAAAAUGGUUUCUUUGAUGAGGCAAUGCUUGUAUUCAAGCAAAUGAUUGAGGCAGGUGUGGAAAUCAAUCCUGUUACCAUUAUGAGUCUUCUCUCAGCAAAUGCUAACCCAGAAUCUGCACAUUGUUAUGCCAUCAAAACGGGUCUUAUCAAUGAUGCAUCAGUAAUUACGUCAUUGGUUUGUAUAUAUGCAAGAUGUGGAAGUACAGAAUCUGCAGAACUGCUUUAUUGGUCUUUGCCACAAAAAAAUUUGGUUUGCUUAACUGCAAUCAUUUGCAGCUAUGCUGAGACAGGAAAUUUGGGUUUGGUUGUUGAAUGGUUUGCUCGAAUGCAGCAGUUAGACAUGAAACUAGAUUCAGUCGCUAUGGUUAGUAUCCUUCAUGGGAUUGCUGAUCCUGCUCACAUGAGCAUUGGGCAUGCUUUUCAUGGUUACGCAUUAAAGGGUGGACUGGACACCCAUAAUUUGGUUGCAAAUGGACUAAUUAGCAUGUAUUCUAAGUUCAAAGACGUAGAAGCUCUAUUCUCUUUGUUUUCUGAAAUGCAUGAAAAACCAUUGAUCAGUUGGAAUUCAAUGAUAUCUGGUUGUGUUCAAGCUGGAAGAGCAAGUGAGGCCAUGGAAUUGUUCUGUCAAAUGAAGAUGUAUGGACAUAAUCCAGAUGCCAUUACCGUUGCUAGUUUACUGUCUAGUUGUUCUCAACUUGGGUACUUGCGAUUUGGUCAGAGACUUCACAACUACAUCCUCAGGAACAAACUAGAAGUUGAAGAUUUUGUUGGAACUGCUCUUAUAGACAUGUAUACCAAGUGUGGAAGCAUAGUCCAAGCAGAAAGAGUAUUCAAGGACAUCGAUGAUCCAUGUCUAGCUACGUGGAACACAAUGAUCUCAGGCUAUAGUUGGUAUGGCUUUGAAAAUAAGGCUCUAACUUGUUACUCUGAAAUGCAGGGGCAACAGGUAAUACCUGAUAACAUCACGUUUUUAGGAGUUUUAGCUGCUUGCUCCCAUGGAGGUUUUGUUAGUGAAGGGAGACGGUACUUCCGGAUGAUGACAGAAGAAUUUGGUAUGUUGCCAACUUUGCAACACUGCGCAUGCAUGGUUGGUCUCCUUGCUCGUGCAGGUUUAUUUGAGGAAGCAUUGUCAUUUAUCAAGAAUAUGAAGACUAAGCCUGAUUCUGCUGUGUGGGGUGCUUUGCUCAGCGCUUGUUGUAUCCACCAAGAGGUCAAGCUUGGGGAAUCCUUGGCCAAGAAAUUAUAUUUGUUGGAUUACAGAAACAGUGGCCUUUACAUUUUGAUGUCAAAUCUUUAUGCGGUUACUGGGAGGUGGGAUGAUGUAGCAAGGGUAAGGGAGAUGAUGAGAGGUGCAGGAGGGGAUGGCAUCUCAGGAGUUAGCCAAAUUGAGGUGGCUUCAUUGGAAGAAAUGAGUACUAACUUAUACGAUGAUGCAUUUAUUGCUAACACAAAUUCUUUGCAGCUUAUGUUUUUAUAAUGACUCCUUGAACCUCUGCCCAUAUCGCUUAUGUCAACAGUAAACCUCAUUUCAGGAAUCUCAUAGUUUUGAACUAUUCAUCUCUUUUGAAGACUCUACUCAAUUCUAUGUCCUUUCGAAGUUAGAUUGAGUCAAGGAAAUGCCUGAAGAGCUCUUAUCGGAUUCUCAAUUCUGACAUGAAGUACCAAGAAAAAACUGAAGACAAAAGCUUUGAAACACUGGAGAAAUCAUCCUCUGGGCACAUACCUAAAACCCCUCUCUCGAUGAUGUUGAGGUCAACCUCAAGGCCCCAAGCGAAAAUGCCCAUCUGCAGCAACCUCGCCACUCGAAAACCUCAAUUGGAAAAUGCUGUCAAGCUCUACUCCCACAUUGUCGGGAAUACUCCCAAGGCCAAAUGGGUCACAUUGGAGAAGCUCACUUCUCUUUCCUUCUUUAAGACAUUCAAAUCAGCAGCCACAAAGAUGAAUAUUUGGAGUCAGAAUUGGUGUCUGAAGAGGAAUCUGGUGGGUAUUGAAGAUUAGUAAUGAAGUUAAAGAGUUAAAAAUUGCUGCUGAUAUGCAAUUGAAGACUUUUAAGGAACAAUAUCGCGUUGAAUUUGUUGCUCAAGGAGUUUGGGUAUGAAAUUCUUUAGUGCUGAGAUUUAUGGGAUUUUGGUUAAUAAGUAUCAGGAUUGUUUGUUCGAGAAUACUUAUGGGUUUAAGUCCAAUGAAGCCAAUAAGAUUAAGGUUUACGGGAAAGAUUUUAGUGGAUGGCUUAACCUUGAAAAGGCUGAUGAUUCUGUGGGAAGAUUCAGAAGAUAGUUUCUUAAGAAGAUUGGAUGAUAGUUUCUUGGUAGGUGAUUUGGGGAUUUAGGUUGUUAAGAACCAUAGGAGUGGUUUAAAUCUGGCACAUUUGGCUCCUAAGAGGUGACUUCUUAUUUGUGAUGAAACUAACAUGUUACUUAUGGUCCAAUUGCCGAAGGGAAACAUAUUGCAGGUUUGCAGCAGCUUCACAUUGGAACUAAGUAACUUAAGAAGGUUGUCACACAGUGGAGAUUUGAGAAGGAUGGAACUGAUAUUAAUACGAGGGACAUUGUAAAUGAUAGCAAGGGGGCUCAGUUGGAUCCUUUAGGAUCUUCACUUUUGGGAUUAGACAAUAAUAGGCUUUGUAGGUGGGAUAUGCGUGAUUGAAAUGGGAUACUUCAGAAUCUUGCAACUGCUAGUACCCUGUCCUAAAUUGGACACAAGUGCUACCAUAAUCAAGAGCGCCUGAAGAGAUGCUGUUGCUAUAAGAUAGUCUCGAAGGAUGAUUCCACUAUUGACGGCCGUUUCCUGCAAGACAAGUUUGCAACUUUGUAUCACUGAUUCUCCUGAGGCCCCUCCGGUGAUUGCUACGUCUAUGAGAGUCAUAUCCAGUAGGCGAUGACAUGAUAUGAAGAUGCCCUCGACCCUUCUCUGCGUCAUUCGGGAUGGGAUUCAAAUGAUCUGUGUUAAACUUUCUGAUUGUAAUUUACAUUGUUGUUUAACCAAGAUAAGCUUCUUAUCGUAAGGGAAGGACGAUGACCAUCUGUAUUAAGUUGCAUAAGACUUCUACGUAAUUGCUAGUUAUUUGAUGACUGCAUUUUUUAUUUUU